AUGAGGGCCCAGACCUUGGAGAGAGUCGUGAUUAUUAGCCCCGGAAAUUCGAAGCCGGGCAGGGUGCCCAUUUCCAAAGCAGAGACCCGUCACUGGACCGGAAGCAAAUUUUCCAGACGAGAGCGUUUCUUCCAGGUUCCCUCUCUUCCGGCCCAGGGCCCUGGACCCUGCACCCAGAGCUCUGCCUGUGGCACAGCCCCGCAUUUCCGGAGCCUGCGCCCAGGGACCCAGCAGGGGCUGGUCCCUGGGGAAGGCCUAGUUUCCUCUUCCUUCCUGUCCGUGCCUCACCUCCGCCGGCCCCUGCGGCCGCCGGGAGCCGAGCACGGGAGAGGAAGAGGGCACCCACCUGGUCGUUGUCACAUGCUGCCUCGGCCCAAGAGGCCCCUCCAGGUCGCGGGCGCCGCCGCAGUCCCCCGCGCAGGCCCGGCCGCCCCAGCCGCGGCCCGCCCGAGCCGCCCGGACGGAGGGAGGGACCGGGCUCUCCCAAGGAAGUUUCAGGUCUUCACCUGCGGGGACGGAGCCACGCUGAGCCUCUGCCUUCUGUUUGCACCUUUGGGUUUGCCCGACUGGACCGGCACCUGGGAUUGUCGUCUGUGCCUUUGUCUUGGGCAUCGGUGUUGAUUUCUCUUCCUGUCUGUCUACCUGUG